AUGCGUACCUUGACCUCCUGGAUCGAUACGAACUACGAUGAGAAGUAUGAUGAGGCCAAGCUCCACCUUGAGAAUGGGGUUGUAACUUUGAGGACUAUGCCAUUCCUCCUUUGCCCCGGAGAUGUGCUUGUCUGGAAGGAAAAAGGCAAGACAAAGGCCGCGGUAACUUCAUCAGAAGUCUUCCAGAGGUCACCGCCCAUACUCUACUGGGACAGCUCACAAAUGGUGGAAGUGGGUUAUAACAACAUGGAGGGUUCCAAAGGAGAGUUCUCAACAACAUGGGGUGUCGAUGUUUGGAGCUACAGAUUCAACGGCGAAUUUCUGCGUGACAAACGAUCCAGAGAGAUCAAGUUCAAAGCAUCCUCUUUAGAACAGGAGGUGGAUAUAUCAAAGCUUGGUGUGUACCCUUUGAGAUUUGCUGAUGAAAAAACAAGACUUCAACUGGAGACCAGAGGCAAGACGUUUUGGACCUGCCGACAUCGCAACCUAGUAUCACAUACAGGCGAAGAAGGCCUUUUCACGAAUGGUGAGCGAUUUAUGGUGGACUUCCAAGUAUACAAGCAACUCCACAGCGACUCCAACAAAUUCAAGCUCUUGUACGAAAAGGGUAGCGAUUACAGUGAUGAAAGUGAUGACAGCGACGAUGACGAGCACGAAGACGAUGGUGAGACCAGAGGGAGGAUGAGCGUCGAAGACAUGGCUUCAGAGACGCCGCCGUCCCGCCCUUACAUCUAUCUCUUUCCUGACACCAUCCCGGGGUACAAUCUGAGGAGCAAGAAGUGGGUUGAUCUAGAUGUUGAUUAUAUAACGGAUGUCGAGUGGAACAAGAAGUCCUUCGAAAAUCUUGUGAUCAAUGCAAAGGCCAAAGAACUGAUCCAAGCCCUGGAAACGGCCCUGAUCAUCCUGCUGCACGGGGGGCCGGGAACCGGCAAGACCUUCACGGCUGAGAGCGUGGCUGAGAUUGCGCAGAAGCCGCUGUUUUGCGUGACUUGUGGAGACAUUGGCACCAAGCCAGAGCAGGUCGAGAAAUACCUCGAAUCGGUGUUGUAUCUUGGCAAAACCUGGGGCUGCGUUGUACUGAUUGACGAGGCCGAGGUCUUCCUAGAGCAACGAAGCCUCGACAAUCUGGAGCGCAACGCGUUGGUGUCUGUCUUCUUGCGUGUGCUGGAAUACUACGAGGGAAUCUUGAUCCUGACAACAAACCGCGUUGGGACCUUUGACGAAGCUUUCAAGUCACGAAUUCUGUUGUCUCUGCACUACGAGAAGCUUACCAUAGGUCAAAGACGGAAGAUCUGGAGGGGCUUCAUCAACCACUUGGAGGAUACCCAUGUUCCUGGCGGUGGCAAGGACGUCGGAAGGGAGCACAAUGGGGGCUCUUCUACUGCAGCCGCGAACUCACUCAGGCGCAAUUCACAGAAUGACAUGCAUCAUAUCGACUAUCAGGAAAUCCGCGACUCUCUCGAUGAGCUGGCCAAUCAUGAACUCAACGGCCGUCAGAUACGCAACAUCAUCACCACGGCGCGGCAGCUCGCCAAGUUCCGCAAGACGACGCUGGAUUAUGGUCUUCUUGAUGAAGUGAUAGUGGAGUCUCGGAAAUUCGACGAGUAUUUCAGCAACCUGAACGAGAAUCAGUCUGAUGAACAGAUUGCAAGAAGUGAUGGGAUUCGAUGA